CAAAUUGUCAAGAAGCGAAUAACAAGCGUUCAUUUUUUAUUAGUACGGCAUAUAACAUAUAGUGACGAAAUCCAUUUCCAUUCGGUAAUUUCUUUUUCGUAGCAAAUAAAAAAGAAACAAAUAACAAUGUCUGAUAGUAAUCAAGAGGAAACGCAGUCAGAGUUUAUGACUGUGACUGGUGUGGCGGCAGAUCGUGCAAAAUUUUAUUUGGAAUCGGCCAAUUGGAAUUUGCAGUUGGCAUUGUCAAGCUAUUAUGAAGGUGAUCAAGAUCCAGAUGUGGAUUUGGAUGAAGAUGUUGAACCGUCAUCAGUGUCACAGCCGCAGGCACCAACAUCGUUGUUUGGUGCAAGCAAUGACAAAAGCAACAACGAUGCAAAGAACAAAGCUAAAAACAAAUACAAUGUCGGUGGUGCACGCAUUGUCACGUUAAACAACAUGGCAUCCGAUGAUGAUGAGGAUGAAGAGAAUACUGGUCAGGCAUUUUAUGCCGGUGGAUCGGACUCAUCUGGACAACAAGUUUUGGGACCGCCACGAAAGACUAACAAAGACUUUGUAUCAAACAUUUUUAAAUCAGCCAAAGAAAGCGGCGCUGAAGUGGUUGAAAAUCCACAACCCAACCGACCCAGCGGCAGUCGUGGGUUUGCUGGUGCUGGUUAUCGAUUGGGCCAAACAAACGAUGAUCAUGUCUUAUUGGCAAAUACAUCGUCAUCACGUUCGACUGAAAGUUUGAAUCCAAUUAUUCUACGCCUUUGGCGUCAGGGCUUCACAAUCAAUGACAGUGAACUUCGAUUGUACGAAGAUCAGAAAAAUAGAGAAUUCUUGGAAUACAUUACAAAAGGAGAGUUGCCACCCGAAUUACGACAACAAGGCAAUAUGGUUCCAGUUAACAUGGAAGAUCACCGACAUGAAGAUUUUAAACAAUCCAAAAUGAAACCGUUCUUCGGUAAAGGCCAUACACUUGGCAGCCCGACACCAAACAUUAACGAUGGAUCGACAUCAAUUGCAUUAGCACCACCAAGUGCCAGCCAAAAUGAAGAAAAUGAAAAGAAGGCUAACGAAGAACUGAAAUUGGAUUCGGCACAGCCGACCACAUCGAUACAAAUACGAUUAGCCGAUGGUAGUCGUUUAUCGGGACGUUUUAAUUUAUCACAUACAAUAAAUGAUUUACGAACAUAUGUUGUAAAUGCUCGGCCACAAUAUGCUUCACAAACGUUUGCAUUGUUGACCACUUUCCCAAGCAAAGAACUCAACGAUGAGGCGCAAACAAUUGAAAAAGCUGGUCUGUCAAAUGCGGCCAUCAUGCAACGUUUGAAGUAGAUACCGUACAUACAAACACAAAAAAAAUCAAAAUGCAAUUUAUCUCCGGCAUUCAAGAAAUGAACACAAUAUAAUUGGAAUGGAAAUCGCUCAACAUUUCCAAAUGAUUUAUAUCGCCAAUAAUCCAGAUACAAAAAGACAGGCAGACACACAUACAAUACAAUUAACUCGUUCUAAGAAUCUUCAUUACGCUGCAAAGUCAAAACUGAAAAAGAAAUAAUUUAAAUUGAAAACAAUAAACAGAAUGAGAAAAAUUCUUAAAA